CUUCUAUAUAUUUUCCUCCUCCCUCUCGCUCGAGGUCCCGAUUUCGAUUUCCCUUCGGCAAGCCUGGUCUCGUUCAACUUUCAGCUCUCGGUGUGAGUAAAUGAGAAGAAACGCGUCGGAAUCGAAGAUUUCUCUCUCACACUUUGCGAUUCAAAACAUUGCACUAAUGGAGACACCCAUAAAUUCAAGCAUGAUACAGGAUGGCAAUGGAGCGUUUCCAGGUGACAAAAAGAUCACUGUGGUUUUUGUGUUAGGUGGGCCUGGCAGUGGAAAGGGGACACAAUGUUCGAAAAUUGUGGAAAAUUUUGGGUUCACUCAUCUUAGUGCUGGUGAUCUUCUGCGUGCAGAAAUCAAGUCUGGCUCAGAGAAUGGUACCAUGAUCUCAAACAUGAUAAAGGAAGGUAAAAUUGUCCCUUCUGAAGUUACAGUUGAGCUUUUAAGAAAGGCUAUCCUUGAGAGCGGGAACAAUAAGUUUGUUAUUGAUGGAUUUCCUCGAAAUGAAGAGAACCGUGUUGCUUUUGAGAAUGUUACAAAGCUUGAGCCAGAAUUUAUACUUUUCUUUGAUUGUCCAGAGGAAGAGAUGGAACAACGACUUUUAGGUCGCAACCAGGGGAGAGAUGAUGAUAACAUUGAGACAAUAAGGAAGCGUUUCGGAGUUUUUAUUGAAUCUAGUUUACCUGUGAUUGAGUAUUAUGACCAGAAGGGCAAAGUUCGAAAGAUUGAUGCUAUGAAACCCAUCGAUGAUGUGUUUGAAGAUGUGAAGGCCAUUUUUGCCCCAUUCCUUGCAAAAGAUGAUUCAAGCUGCCCCAUUGAUGUAACAAGCACAAAUAUACUUUAAAGGUGACCCCCUUUUCCCCUGAAUGUUACAUUUUAUGAAAAGUAUAUCUGAUUGCAUUAUACCAUACAUGUGAUUUGAGUUUUUUUGCACUCAGACUAUCACUUUUGUACAUUAUUCGCCUAAGCUUUAGUAAAGAACACCUGUUGCAAUUUGUCACAUUCUUGAUGAUGGAUAAGAUGUUUUGUAGUCGAAAAGCCACCCCUGCAAUGUAAGUAGGCUGCUGAUUAAUUAAAUGUAUUCUUUUUUUUCAGAUUUUAAAUCUCUGGAGAAAAAACACGUUGAUAGCAUUUUGACAUAAAAAUGAUUUUAUGUAAAUUGGAAGAGUGCAUAUUGUGAAUUUGAGAUAUUGAGUACUCGUAUAUUUUCUUAACUGCUGAUAUGAUUACAAAUAAAAACUCAAAUUUCUCUUUGCUUAUGUA